UUUUUUCUCUUCUUUUCGUAUCUUGUGCUGCAACCUUUGCUUUGACAGUAGCAUGUUAUUCUAUACAGAGUAGGACUACCUUUGCAGAGCCAAGUAAGCAGAGAUGGAUAAAACAGACAGACCACCACAAGUAGCAACAAGAGGAGGACAAAGACUGCCUGAUCAUAAAGGAGGUCCCUCAAGCAGUAAACCUAUUCCCUCUAAGCCUGCAAGGCCACCAAAGCCAAGAUCUGUGAGCCUCUCCUCAGAAAUAGAUAUAGGACAGUACACCUCAUCUAUCGAGAGUCCAGCAGCAAAAGACACCAAUAUUCCCUCCAGACCUCCAAAGCCUCCUAAACCAGUUAGAUCCAUGAGCUUUAGUGCUGGAGUAGGUGAUACAAUGGGCUAUGGCAGCUCAUCCGUCAUUGGCAGUAAAAGCAGGUCAGCUAGUGACUCCACUGAUCCUUUAUCUGGACAAAGAAGAUACUCUGGUGCUUAUAUUGCCAAGAAGAUGCGACGCAGUAAUUCUGUAAAGGAGACAGUACUUCAGUACGAAUCAAAAAGACUAUCUACUAGUACCGGACAGCUUACUAGAAGUAGCUCAAUGGGAGAGAGAAUGUUUGUUGAUAUUGAAACAAUUAAUAAGAUAUCACCACAGUCUCCUUUGAAUUCACCUACCACAGAUAUUCCAGUCUUUGAUGCGUUCUCUCCAACUACUGAUGAAGAUGAAGCCAUGUCUAUCACUCCACCGAGUAAUACUAAUAUACCAGUCAUUACUGAUCCGUUGUAUUCAAUUUCUGAGAAAACUUCAUCAAGUCCAGCUAAUUCUCCUAGCAUUCCUCAAAAGGACAUUCAUGUGGCUACUCAAAAGUCACGGGCUCCUCCUCCUCCUCCUACUGAUCAAGUUUUGUCUUCUCCAUCUCCUCCCCUCGUCAAGGACAGGCCUGCCCCUCCCAAGAGGCCGCCUCCGCCUUUGUCACGCCCUCCACGUCCCUUCCCUCCUCCUCCUUCCUCCUCUCCCCCUAGAAUAAGUGAGGCUAAACUAGCUAGAAAGAGACCACCUCCGACUCCUCCUCUUAUCAUUGACUCAAGGCACAGCCCCCAGCAUACUCCUCACUCUAUGAGGUCUUUAAAAACAAACGAGGGUACGCCUCCAGAAUCCUCUAAAGCACCUCCUAAAAGGCCCCCACGACCUUCCGUCUCACCAGUCCAGAGUAAGGUAUCUUCAGAGAAUAGUCCAGUAACAUCGCCAGAGCCUGUUCAACCGGAUAAUACUGAGAAGACGAGUCAAGUAUCAGCAGAUGAAACUAAUUCGAAAUCUGAGAGUCUUGGGACUUUACCUGAAGAUGAAUCGAUCGGAGACACUUCAGUGGCUUCUCCUUCCUCCUCUCCGUGUCCGUCUCCAGGACAAGGACGCAAGAUGCUUGGGAAGGUCAAGGAAAGUUUCAGGAACCUGCGAAGAAACAGGACAGUCCAUCACAGUUCAAGAGGUGAUGCUAGUCGCUCUCCUUCAAACUGGCGUAGGGCCAUUACUGUGAGAGGCCAUAGACCUAAUCCCACCACAUACAAUAGUGAGAGAUAUCCAGAGACCUUGUCGACUGGUAUAGUGGAUCCGCUGUUGGUCCAGUGUAUCUCAUAUCUAAAUAAAGAGGACAUUCUCAAGGAGCCGGGACUGUUUCGUAUACCAGGAGACCUGAGUAUCAUCAAACAAUUGAGGAGACAGUUUGUAGCAGGUGAAUUUGUGGAUUUGUCUGAAAUACAUGAUCCUAACGUAAUUACUGGACUACUCAAGAUCUACUACCGGGAGAAACCUUAUCCGCUAAUAUCCAAUAGAGACCAUUUGGCAAGAGUUGUACAAUCGUCAAGAAAUCACGAUGUGCAGUCUUUUAAAGAAGCUGUUGACGAUUUUGAUGACAUAACUCUGGCAUCUCUGAGAAUGUUAGCAGAGCUUUUCAAAAAGAUUGCUGAGAAUUCCGAAGACAAUCACAUGACCAGUGGUAUCUUAGCAACCUCUUGUGGCCCCUCCUUCUUCCCCAACACGACUCCCAGUAACGCUAAUGGACUCAUCAAGUUUGUCACUGAUCACUGUGACCAGAUAUUCUCUGUUUAAAUGUUGCUCAGAUGCAUGUAUGGUUUUUAAGACAUUAUUAUUUUUAGAUCUUAUAAAUAUUUUCGUUGUUUUUCUGUGUUAUAAUUGUGCCAAAUUGGUUUUUAAUGAAUUUUUUAGUGCUACAAUGAUUUAAAUAA